AUGCCCUUGUCCUCGCCCUUGUCCUCGCCCUCGCCCCUCCUCGACUACCUCGUCGCCCACGAACCUCUCUUCCGCCCCACGCGGCUCCCGUCACUGUACUCGGACCUCGCCGUGCAGAAGAAGACCAAUCCCGAAGGCUACGCCGCCAACGCCACGGCGUGGACCGCCGCGCUCACGCGCUUGGCUCUGGCUGGCCGAUUACCCCCGGAUCUGAACACGCUGGUCCUGCGCACGGGGGCCGCGCUGCUCGAUGCGCUCGCGAGUCCGACGUACGGGCCUCCUAACGGUCUGGGGUGUGUGCUCGAUGACGCUGUCGCGGGGGGGGUGUUCAUCGACGGUGCCGAGUUCCUGGGUGCGGAGAGGUCGAUAUAUGCGAGGAGUUGGGUCCCCAUCCCCAUCCCUAGCCCGUGGGCGGUGGUGAGAUGGGGACUGCGCGCUGUGGGGCUGGAAGUUGGGAGUGGGAGUUACGCCGUCGGCGGUGGCGGAAAACUUAGGUCCGGGACGCUGGUCGUUGUGCCGGCGUUGGAGGAGGUGUCGAAUCGAUUACAGCCUCUUAUCAUCGGGAUGGGGUCCGCGCUGACGGACCGGGUGGUGAGUCGGGAGGCGUUUGCGCAAGAAGUGGGCAAUAUUCUGAUGAAGAGCCGGGAGGGCCAAAGUGAGGGCGAAGGCACAUCGAUAUCGAACACAGAUCUGCAGGUCUUACUACGGUAUCUAGCGCGCGAUAAACAACUCCUGAGCUACGAUGGCGAGGUCGUCAAAUUUAAAACCCAAGCAUCAUCCUCGGGCCCGGAACCCAUCACGCAGGAAGACCGGUCGAUCGCGUCGCUGAAAUCAUUGAUGGAGAGUCUGCGGCGACAGACGACGAGUCUUUCAGAGCGCAUCACCACCCUGCAGACCCAGGCCGCCCAGGCCGUCAAGGUGGGCAACAAAGCCUCGGCACUGUCAGCGCUGCGGAGCAAGAAACUUGCGGACCGGACGCUUCAAACCCGUCUGGACACUCUAGCGCAGCUCGAGGAAAUCUACACAAAGGUCGAAUCCGCGGUGUCGCAGGUCGAGAUCCUCGCGGUCAUGGAAUCCAGCGCCAGUGCACUGAAGACGUUGAACGCGAAGAUCGGCGGCGUGGAGCGCGUCGAGGACGUUCUGGAUAGUUUGAGGGACGAGGUCAGCAAGGUCGAUGAAGUGAGCAAUGUCCUAAGCGAGCCGGGCGCCGUGGAUCAAAAGGUUCUGCUUGACGAGGCGGAUGUAGACGAUGAAUUGGAGCAGAUGGAGCGCGAGGAGCGGGAGAAAUCGCAAAAGAUGGAGGAGGAGAAGACGCGGGGGAAAUUAGUCCAGCUGGAAGCACUGGAGCUGGUACGCCAGGAGCAAGAGCGGGAGCGGGAGCGAGACAAGCAACGGAAGCAGCAGCAGGAGAAAGUCAGCGAAGAUUUAUCUUCGAGUAUCGAGAAGAUGCGGGCAUUGGAUAUCGAGGAGUUGAGAAACGGGAACGAUACUUCGGAUCGAGUGAAGGACAGGGAGAGGGAGGAGAGCCACAGGGAACCGGUCGCUCCAGAAGCCUCCUGA